UCAGCGACAACAGCUUCACCUCACGUGCAGUCUCCCCAGCAGCAGAUACAGAACCAGUGAUGAUAGCCUGCUUCACCGCUGGAGUUUCACACUAGCGACCUCGAACCACGGGCCCGACAGAGCAGUCUUUAUGGAGGUCCUCUCCUCGCUCACGUCCCCCUCCGCCUGUCCACACUUGUACCGCACCCCUGACUACCCCACCAACAUCAGCUCCGUGAUCCUGCUUCAUUACAACUACACGGGCCGUCUACAGAACAGAACCGUCUCAAACACGCCGGGCCACCUCAGCGUCACCUCAGUGGUCUUCCUCCUCAUCAGCGUUUUCAUCAUCCUGGAGAACCUCCUGGUGCUGGUGGCGGUCAUCUCUCACAUCAGACACCGCAGACGAUGGCUCUACGUAUGCGUCGCCAACAUCACGCUCAGUGACCUCCUCACCGGAGUGGCCUACCUGGUCAACAUCUGCAUGUCCGGCAGCCGGACGUUCAGCCUCAGCCCGGCACUCUGGCUGUUCAGGGAGGGUUUGCUGUUUGUGGCGCUGGCUGCUUCCAUUUUUAGCCUGUUGUUGAUCGCUGUUGAACGUUACAUCACGAUGAUGAAGUCGCACCAUGAGAAGUCAGGCAGGAGGACCUACUACAGGAUAUACGGCUUGGUGGCGCUGUGUUGGGUCUUGGCGUUGGUUAUCGGCUUCCUUCCUCUGAUAGGCUGGAACUGUGUAUGCAGCCUGGACCAAUGCUCCACACUCCUGCCUCUCUACUCCAAGACCUACAUCUUCUUUGCUGUCAUCAUCUUCUUCCUCAUCCUACUGACAAUAGGUGUCCUCUAUGGAGCCAUCUUUUGCCACGUUCACAAGACAGCUGGGUUGGGUCUUCAGCGGACUCGCAAGCGCCCCCUGGCUCUCCUUAAGACCGUCAUCUGCAUUGUUGGGGUCUUCGUGAUUUGCUGGGGUCCUCUGUUUCUGCUCCUACUGGUGGACUUCUUUUGCGUGUCCCACCAGUGUGGCAUCCUGUUCAAGGCCGAUUAUUUCAUCUCUCUGGCAGUGUUCAACUCCUGCCUGAACCCCAUCAUCUAUGCUCUGGGGAGCAGUGAAAUGAGGAGGGCGAUUGCGGAGCUGCUGUGCUGCUGCUGCCUGAGGGCUGGAGUCUGUGGCCCAGACAAGUUCACAUCCAAAGAGACCAGCAGCACUUCAGAGAACAGGAAGGAGGGACUUAGGAACAGCUUCAGCAAGGCCAGAAAUUUGACUGUAGCCUCUCCUCCAUCGACGCUGAAAAAGUCACGUAAAGUCAUGAAAAAAAAUAGGCUGAGCUCCACCACCAGCUGCCUCUCAGUUUCAAGUGGUUAGACCACAAUGUCUUCCCCUCCCUAACAAAGAGGAUGCUCAUGCCUGCAAGAAACCGACUUCUGAUUUCAUGAUCACAUACAUGCACUACAGAAUUUAAAAUUUGACUUUUUUUCUUGCAAUAACUCUUCAUCCUCAGUGCCCUGUCCUCAAGGAGAAUCAAACAUCAAAUAUACAUCUAUGUACAUAUACGCUGAUGGUCAAUAACGUAUAGUGUUGGGCUGGAUACCUUUUAAAUUCUGGUGAAGAGUGCAGUGCAGGUGGUGAACGUAUACAGUGGCAAAAAGUAAAUAUUAUCAUGACAAUUUAUGGAAACAAUUUUUGUGUUUCAGAAGUUGAGGUGGCAUGAUACAGAAACAAACAAAUAUGAUUGAUAUGUAUUUUUUUUAUUGUUUACAAGAACAACUUACAAAACUAAACUCUUGACAGUUUCAAUAUGUUAUUGUCAGAGAAUGCGUUCAAAACGUAACCAAAAAAUAAAUAAAUAAACCAUCACAUGAUCGCAAUAAUAUUCAGUAGACCUGUCAUUUGAACAAAGUGCAAUGAAUGGUCACCUGAAAACUUUUUUUUCCACCACUGUAUAAACAUUAUAUGAUAAUAGUAUUAACCAAGUUAACGCAAGCAUCUUUAAACAAUGUGACGACUCGUCUGUGACCUUCGCAAUGUCCUUGAGUCGCGCUGGACUGCAGCGCACCAGCGGGUGUAUUUUCACGUUCAGCCUCUAGAGGAAGACAUUGGAGUAAUGUGAGGCUCUUGACAAAAAGUGUUGUUUGUGUGAGAAUGUAAAUGUGAAUUGCUGUAAAUUCUUGUAUGAUAUUAGUAAACAGUCAUAAUUUGUUUCAUAUGUUGUUUAUAUUUAAGACCAUGGUUUAAUGCAUUGUUAGAUAAAUAAACCUAUCGGUAUUAUUAUUGUACAUUUUUGUUGGUUUCUCAGACCAAUC